GAGGCCAAGUUCCUCUUCCAGCCUGGCCACAGUCUCUCCCCCAGCACUUCCUGUUGGGGUGUCCUAGGCCCCGCCCCAGAGCUGGGCACUUCCCUCCCUGACACAGGGACCUGCACCCGCUCUGCUCGGCCAGAGGCAGAUAUGGCGUGUCUGCUGCUGCUGCUGCUGCCCCUGCUGUGGGGUGGGUCCCUGCAGGAGCAGCCAGGCUAUGAGCUCCGAGUGCAGGAUUCGGUGACGGUGCAGGAGGGUCUGUGUGUCCACGUGCCCUGCUCCUUCUCCUUCCCAAGGAGUUCGGUGACUUCCUCUGCCAAAGUCUUCACCUACUGGUACCGGGAAGGGGACAGAACACACCGUGAUGCUCUUGUGGCCUCGACCAACCCAUAUAAACCAGUGAAGCUGGAGACCAAAGGCCGCUUCCUCCUCGCAGACCCCACGACCAACAACUGUUCCCUGCAAAUCAGAGACGCCAGGUGGAGUGACACAGGACGCUACUACUUCCGAGUGGAGAUAGGAUAUCCUGGAUAUGAUAUCCAAGGAUAUCCCCAAAGAUAUAACUUCCAAGGAUAUACUUACCAAGAUAAGAAGCUGGAUUUGCAGGUGACAGCCCUGACAGAGAAACCCCACAUCCGUAUUCUGGAGCCUCUGGAGUCCGGCCGCCCCACACAGCUGGCCUGCAGCCUUCCAGGGGCCUGCGAAGGGGGACGACCUCUCACCUCCUGGGCAGGAGCCGCUGUCGACUCAUUGGACCCCCAGAACCUCAGCUCCUCAGUGCUCACCUUCACCCCGAGGCCCCAGGACCAUGGCACCAACCUCACCUGUCAGGUCCAACUCCAAGGAUCUUCGGUGGCCACACAGACAACCAUCUGGCUCAAUGUCUCCUAUGCUCCUGUGUUGAUGAUCAGGCUUUCCCAGGGAAACAGCACAGCCCUGAAGACUGUGAGCAACCACACGUCCCUGUCUGUCCUGGAGGGCCAGUCCCUGCUCCUGGUCUGCGAGGCUGACAGCAACCCCCCUGCCAAGCUGAGCUGGUCCCAGGAGGGGAGACCCCUGAGCCUGCCCCAGCCCUCAGCUCCCGGAGUCCUGGAGCUGCCCCAUGUGGGGGCUGGAGACGGAGGGGAGUUCACCUGCCGGGCUCAGCACCCGCUGGGCUCCCAGCACAUCUCCUUCAGCCUCUCUGUGCAGAGCAGCCCGUACUCCAGCAGAUGUGUGACUGAGCAGCAGCAGGGCUCCUGGUCCCUGAUCUUCACCCUGAUCAGAGGAGCCCUCAUGGGGGCUGGCUUCCUCCUCACCUACAUGAUCACCUGGCUCUACUACACCAGGUGUGGAGACCCCCAGAAGGUGAUGCAGAGCUCCUGGUGGAUCCUCCCUUCUUCUCAAGACAGGACCGAGGUGUGGACUCCAGGCUAGAGGGACCGUCCUGGGAUGUCAAUGUCACCUUCUCCCUGGAAGCUCUUGACUCACCUGUUCAAAUGGAUCCCUGGGGUUUCAGUGUGUGGAAGUGACUGUUUGAUGACAAGGAGAGUUAAAUCCAUGGAGAGAUGACUUCUAUUCAUUUUACUUCAUGAGAGGAGGGGCCUGCUAUUCCUGGGGAAGCCCCAGAUUUCCUCAGGAAGCAGGUGCAGGUGCUGGGCAGCCUAGCAAAAGCCUUUAUUGGGGUUCCCAUGGGAAACACAAGGCAGGGUGGGGCGAGUAGUUUAAGAUCAGCUGGUCUGUAUUAAUCUGGGGGAGUUGGGCCUGUGGUGUGACCUCUAUUUGUCUGCUCCCAGUUCCUGAGUGAUUUGGGGCAUGUUGGAGUGGCUGGCAAUAUGGGCUCAGGAUGGGUUGGUUUGCAUCUGAAAGGCUGUUCUUGGCAGAAUUCUCUGCUGUCUCUGAGAAUGGGCGGUCCCUGUGAGGCCCUGUGUCUCUGUGGCCUCCUAGCUGUUUAAUGGUUGAAAACAUCAUAAGAUGCAGAAAUAAACAACUAAUACACACCCAC